AUGGCCGAGCCCAAGUGCAACGGCGACGAGCAUCCUCCUGAUGCCGUCCAGACACAACUCAUCACGAUCACCGAUACCGGAGGCAUCACAACGGCCGAUUUCGAAGGCAACGCUCUUUAUGGUCUCUUGAAGGUCAAUGAUGUUGCGAUUAGCACACCUAUGCAGAAGUCGAUGGAGUUGCUCACUCGCCCAUGGAAGGAAUCGCUGGAUGUUUCCUUCGAAUUCUUCGGAAGCCCCGACGACUUUGGAUCCACUCACCUCAAGCUAUCUGCUCGCGGAUUUGAGGGGUUUGGUGACGAACAAGUCGGAAGCAUCACGAUCUGGUCCAAGCACAUGACCGAGAACAAAGUUGAAGAAGAGAAGCAGACGAACAAGCUGCUCGUGAAGGGCCAAGAUGGUCUACGCAUGCACGCACAGCUGCAGUCUCUUCGAAAGACUAUGGACAUUGACUCUGAGCAACACGGGGGACUUUACUUUCCGUCGCGAAUCUUGGAAGACAUCAACGCAACGUCGACCAUCAUCCGUGGCCGAGCUCAGUUGGAUGCGAAGUUAGAUCCUCUUGCUCGCUUUUUUACCCAUGCACCUGUGGCCAAGACCCUUACCAUGGGACAACUCCCCGCUCCUGGAGAGGAUGGGUUUCCGGACACUGAAGUCGCCGCUCGAGUUUUACACUUUGCGACUGACUCCCAGUAUCUGCUCUACAACGUCGCUGGAGCGUACUACGAUGAACAUCUGCAAUGGCAGGCCCUGCAAGAACUCGCUAUUCAGAAACGCCAAGGGCAAUGUCGCCAGAUGUCGCAAGAUGAGCUGAACGAGGUUGUUCCCAACUCCACUGAAAGCAAUCAACCCGACAGAGCGAAGUGGCUCGAGCGCGUGGUGGGAUGGGCGUUUGAGCAUGAAGACCUCUUCGUCAAAGCCUACGAGCUUGCCAAGGCUGAGCCCAGCGAUGGUACUUGA